ACCAUCCCGUUAAAGGGCCACAGUAGGACAACAGAUCGUUCACACUGCAUCCCACAUCACAGCAUAUCGUUUGCAGUUGGCGGAUUGAUGGAGCAAUCAGUGCACGUUUUGCUGAAAAAAAUAACUUCAAUAUACAUACAUUCCACAACUCUGCGAAACAUGGCCUGGGAGAAUGUGGGGAUUGUCUUGUGGGGACACAUGUGUCUAGAAUGGUACUUUCUUCAUCUGGGCAGAGGCAAAACAGUGAAAAUUUAUCUAUUGGGUUGGGAAAAGACCUUUUUACUUCUAACAGUUGUCGGUCUGAGUUCCUUUGCCCUUUGCAGAUAGAGAUAGUUGAAAGCUCGCACUCAUGCAAUUUGUUUAGCGCCAGCCUCCCCUCCCCCCCCACUCUUGCGUUUGCUGACCUUUCACCUUGUUCACCUUGCAGAAUGGGUAUGGGUACAUUCACCCAGAACGGGAUGGGGGCGGCAAACCGCGCGCCGGAAUUCGUGGGGAUUAAAACGGCUUUGGCGCCUAUCAUUGAGGCACGGGUUCCAGAUAGAUUGGAUAAGUAG